CAUGGACAUCGCAGUGCCUGGAAAAUGAUUAUUACAUUAUUCCAUGGGCGUUCAGCCCAUGAUUCCUUCUAAACAUGAACCACGGCUCAUACAGCGUUUUCUAAAAAACUGUAUUAUUGUGCAAGCGGUGAAACAGAUUUUGAGUACACAUAGGGUGGAAAUUGGUCGUAAAGCACAAGAAGCCUUGGAACACAGAAAGCCCUUCUUGGGUGUUGGUAUCAGUGGCAUGGCAAGGGUAGCCCACAAUUCCCUGCCCUCCCGUGAGUAGCUCAUCCCAGCUACUCAUGAUGCAAGGCACUGUCCUGCUCAGCACUGAAGAUACAGGAACCUGCUCGUGCAGUCAGGGUGUGCCUUUGGGACCUYACCAAGGACAAGAAGACAUGACUUCAGCAGAACUUAGAUGCCAGGCAUUGUUCAUGCACCUCACAUGUCAGAACCACCAGCUGAAGUUCACCAGCAACUUUUGGAGCUGUGAUAGGAAYUCUGGUCUUUUCCCAUGGUUACCUGCGCCAAUAAUGCAGCAGGAAUGGAACAGGAAUUGAAAAUUUGGARAAUGGAACACAGUGCUGGGGACCCAAUACCCACAUAACACAUUUUAGGGCUUUUCCUUUGAACUGCUGUUCACCUCAUCCCUGCACAGCGUCCCAGUAUCUGAGCUCUGCUUCCUCGUGCCACAGCCUCAGCCACUAAGCUGGAGAGCCACGCUCACUCUGCAGCUGCUGCUCUGACCCAAACACUGCAGCAUUUCACUCCUGAAGAGUGAAAUAUGCCUAAAAAAAAGACUGGUGCUCGUAAGAAAGCUGAGAACCGUCGGGAACGUGAAAAGCAGAUAAGGGCUUCAAGAGCCAACAUAGACUUGGCCAAACAUCCUUGUAAUGCUUCAAUGGAAUGUGAUAAGUGCCAAAGACGACAGAAGAAUAGAGCUUUUUGUUACUUCUGUAAUUCUGUUCAGAAACUGCCCAUUUGUGCACAAUGUGGAAAAACCAAAUGCAUGAUGAAGUCUUCAGACUGUGUUAUAAAACAUGCUGGUGUGUACAGUACUGGACUAGCUAUGGUGGGUGCAAUCUGUGAUUUUUGUGAAGCCUGGGUGUGUCAYGGGAGGAAGUGUCUCAGCACCCACGCAUGCAUGUGCCCUCUGGCAGAUGCAGAAUGCAUUGAGUGUGAAAGAAGUGUCUGGGAUCAUGGAGGAAGAAUAUUCGCCUGCUCUUUUUGCCAUGAUUUCCUCUGUGAAGAUGAUCAGUUUGAACAUCAAGCCAGCUGCCAAGUUCUGGAAGCAGAGACAUUUAAAUGUGUCUCCUGUAACAGGCUGGGACAGCAUUCCUGCCUGCGUUGUAAGGCUUGUUUCUGUGAUGAUCAUGUGCGAAGUAAGGUWUUCAAGCAGGAAAAAGGAAAAAAGCCUCCUUGCCCUAAAUGUGGCCAUGAAACUCAGCAGACAAAGGAUCUGAGCAUGUCAACACGCUCUUUAAAGUUYGGCCGACAGACUGGAGGAGAAGAUGCAGAUGGAGCUUCUGGUUAUGAUGCCUACUGGAAAAACCUUUCUUCCAGCAAGACUGGGGAUGCAGGUGACCAUGAGGAUGAAUGUGAUGAGUACGAAGCAGAAGAUGAUGAUGAAGAUGAAAAUGAUGAGCGAGGGAAGGAUUCAGAUUCUGAGGCCACAGAUGUAUUCAGCAAUUUGAAUUUAGGAAGGACCUAUGCUAGUGGGUAUGCACAUUAUGAGGAAGCAGAACAUUAAACUUAGUAUGCUGGUAAGCUAAAAACACUUGGAAGGAGCCAAGCAAUGCUUCACUGAGUUGUGUACAYGCCAGUAGGAUAGCUCUAUCAGGUACUUCCAUAUGUAAGUUAGAGAGUAAAGAGUGUGGGACUUCUGCAGUAACUCCAAGGGAGGUUUUUCUUGUAUAUGAACUGAUGUUGGGUUUGGGACUAGGGGAGAAAAUCAGAAUAUUUUUAUUYCCCUAAACAACAGAAUGGUUUUGUCCUUGAGUUACUGAGUAUAAUGGUUCAAUGCCAUUUUCUSCUCAACACAGGAAUGUGGGAAAGCUGUAGAACUUGCUUCCAUUUGCUCAUCGGAAAUUAAGUUAUUUUUUACAAUAAUUUUGUUAACUGAUUUCAUACAUUAAUGCAGUGGUGGGUUGGUGACUGCAUUUUUKUUUGGUCUGCACAAUAAAAGUCAACUGCGUUCUCUAAUGAACUGUCAUAAAUAUUGAUCUCCCAUGAAUAGUUGGAAAGCAGGUUUUAUACAAAGUGUAAAUUGACACUGAAAUAACUUCCUUGUUUAUGUCAGUAUGGUGGAUCAAUGUAGUUCUCUGUGUAUUUACACAUCACCUUUUCAGCAUUUUUAGUAUUAGAUAUUAAUUGGUGACGCUAUAUACAGUCAUUAUAAGAGCACUCCAGAUAAUCAAGACUUUUAUGGAAAUAAAAUGUUGGUCUCAUCUCUGCCACAAGAAUCAAUAAGGCAAUUUCCCAUUAGAUCAAAAGGARACUGGUUUCUUCAAUGCCUAGCCUUCAGCUCUUUGCCUUGCAUAUGAUUAAAAAAAAACAUUAGCUAGGAAACAACUCUGUAUAUGAACUGAGAACGUGAGGAAACAUGGGGGGAGUUCAAAWUCCUGGGUCCAAAUAGUGUUGUGUGCAAGCCUGCCAGUACAAGGCAAGUGAUCAGCACCUCUGAGUUGAGGAGGUGACACUUGCUGAAGUGCUUGCAGUGAUUCUGAUUUGAAAAUCACCAUGUUAAUUAUCCAUCUACAGAUCUAAUUGAUGGCAUUUAUUUUCCACUGUAGGGGAAUGUUUUACAGCAGACAGAUCACAAUACAAGGGCAGCCACCUAAAGGGUUGCUGCAGCUUUCUAAAAUGCCAUGUUUUAAUGCAAGAGAGCCCUUUCUUGUUAUCUGUCAAAUACCUGAACUGAUUGUAGUAUUACCUGCUUUUGUGGUGCUUUCUCUACUCUUUAACAACUAAAGGUCAUGUGUUGGCAGAGCAUGCCCUAUUGAGAAUCAUUUCUAAUGAUUUUAGGAUUGCCAGAUAAACAUUUCCCAGCAAAACAGGGUUGGAGAAAUUGACCUUGUUACUUCCCUCCUAAAASCAUCUCCUACCAAAAGCAUGACAUACAAGAGUUGGGAUUCCACCAGGACCAAAACAAAUUGCCAAAGAGCACAACUUGAUUAUAGCAGCUGAGAGAGAAACUGUGUAGGAGAAAGAGGCACAACGGGUCAGUGCACACCUUCAGAACUGGAGAGGAAACAAAUUAUUGCACUGUCUGAAAKCCAAAUCCCCUUCAAACACUGAAACAUCCAAUAUCAUGUACAAAGGCCUAUCUUAAAUAGUAUACUUGAGAGGUGUCUAGAUUAGCCUUUUGCAUAACCAAACUUGAUGUGAGGGAAGCAGGAUGACUGCCARUUCAACACUGAUUAUUUAUUUGUGAAAUUGGCACCUGUGAGAGAAUUUCUGCUCAGCUUCCUGUGGUCCAAAAA